AUGGGUGCCUCGCUCACGACUGAGGAGGCCAAGGGUGCCUCAAUUAUCGCAAAAGGCAUGAAUGAAUAUUUCAGAAUGCACGCAGAGUCUAUUAACAACCCAGAAAGAUUCUGGGGCAAUGUGGCACGGGAGCUGAUCACGUGGAGCUCUGAUUUUGAAACUGUUCAACAUGGCUCCCUUGACAAGGGUAAUAUUUCAUGGUUCCUGGGUGGAAAACUCAACGCAUGCGUCAACUGUGUGGAUCGCCAUGCCCUGAAGAAUCCGGAAAAAUACGCCAUUAUCCAUGAAACCGAUGACGGUGAUGAUCCACGCAGCUUGACGUACAUCGAGCUAUUGGCGCAGGUCAGCAAAGUGUCCUGGGUUUUGAAAGACCUAGGAGUCCGAAAAGGGGAUGUUGUUUCCAUAUACAUGCCGAUGAUUCCUGAAGCCUUGGUGGCCAUCCUUGCGUGUGCUCGUAUUGGAGCCGUUCACUCCGUCAUCUUUGCUGGCUUCUCCUCCGGUUCUAUCAAGGAUCGCGUGGUUGAUUCGAAAAGCAAGAUCAUUCUCACGUCAGAUAUCAGCUGCCGUGGUGGUAAGGCCAUAGGUUUGAAGAAGAUAGUUGAUGAGGCGUUAGCUGAUAUCGACGACUUGAAGACCCUGGUAUUCAAGGCUGGUAACCCUAACAUUUCAUGGACUGAGGGGCGAGAUUAUUGGUGGCACGAGGAGGUAGAGAAAUGGCCCGCUUAUUGCCCAGCUGAACCCAUGGACUCGGAGGAUCCCUUGUUUCUCCUGUACACAUCAGGAUCGACCGGAAAACCGAAGGGGAUCCUUCAUACUACAGGAGGCUACUUGGUAGGGGCUGCUUCUACCGGAAAAUACGUUUUUGAUAUUCAUGAUCACGACCGCUACUUUUGUUGCGGAGACGUGGGCUGGAUUACAGGCCAUACAUAUGUUGUGUAUGCCCCUUUACUUCUCGGUAUAUCCACUGUGGUUUUUGAAGGAACUCCAACCUUUCCAACUCAUUCAAGGUACUGGGAAAUCAUCGACAAGCAUCGUGUUACGCACUUUUACGUGGCACCAACGGCCCUGCGACUGCUCAAGAGAGCAGGGUCCUCCCCGUCCAGCUUCAAGAUGGAACACCUUCGCGUUCUCGGUUCCGUGGGCGAGCCCAUUGCCCCAAAUAUCUGGAAAUGGUAUGACGAAGAAGUUGGGAAGAGUAGAUGCCAUGUGGUAGAUACAUACUGGCAAACGGAGACUGGCUCCCAUGUUAUCACACCUCUCGCCGGCGUUACUCCUACAAAGCCCGGUGCAGCAUGUUUGCCGUUCUUUGGCAUUGAUGCUGCCAUAGUUGAUCCUGUCACAGGACAGGAUAUUCCAGAGCCUAAUGUGGAUGGAGUUUUGGUAUUUAAGUCCCCUUGGCCUAGUAUGGCCCGAACCAUCUUGGGUGACCACCGCAGGUUCCAUGAGACAUAUCUGAGCGCGUACAAAGGAUACUACUUCACUGGUGACAGUGCUAGCCGCGAUGAAGACGGCUAUUUCUGGAUUCGAGGCCGCGUCGACGAUGUCAUCAAUGUCAGUGGUCAUCGACUAACGACGGCGGAGAUUGAAGCUUCUUUGAUUGCUCACCCAGCGGUUGCUGAGUCGGCAGUGGUGGGCGUAGCUGACGAGAUCACUGGCCAGGCUGUUGUCGCCUUUGUGAGUCUAAAGAAACAAGCCAACACGGCACUAGGAGAUGCUUCUCUUAGCAAUGACUUGAAGCUCCACAUUCGCAAAUCCAUCGGGCCGUUUGCAACACCAAAGUCUAUAUACGUCGUCGCAGAUCUCCCUAAAACUCGCUCUGGAAAGAUCAUUCGUCGCAUUCUACGCAAAGUGACCAUGGGUGAAGCUGACCAGCUUGGAGACGUAUCAACGUUGUCAGAUCCUUCAGUUGUCGACGCGAUUAUAAAGGUGGUAGAACAUAAACAGUAG